AUGUUCUCUGUUCGAAAACACAUUACCAAGGCGCUUCUGCAAACUCGUUUCUACUCUGCUGCCGCCAGAUCUAAGGUCUACGCCUCUCCCGACGAGGCCGUCAAGGACGUUAAGUCCGGCGAUCUGGUUCUCUCUGGAGGCUUCGGAAUCUGCGGUAUUCCCGACACUCUCAUUUCUGCUCUGCAGAAGAGAGGAAACGUCAAGGACCUGACAGUGGUUUCUAACAAUUGUGGUAUUGAGGGUAAGGGUCUGUCUAAGCUGCUUGAGAACGGCCAGAUCUCCAAGUUCAUUGGCUCCUACGUCGGAGGCAACAAGUUCUUCGAGGCUGCCUACCUCAACGGCGAGCUCGAGCUGGAGCUGACCCCCCAGGGAACCAUCGCCGAGAGAUGCAGAGCUGCUGGUGCCGGCAUUCCAGCAGUGUACACUCCUGCAGGAGCCAACACCUGGCUGGAGCAGGGCAAGAUCCCCACUCUCUACGCUAAGACCUCCGACGGAAGCGGUGCAGUGAUCAAGACUAACACUCCCCGAGAGACCCGGGAGUUCAACGGCAGAAAGUUUGUGUUGGAGAAUGCCCUUAACGGAGACGUGUCUCUGAUCAAGGCCUGGAAGGCCGACACUCUGGGUAAUCUAGUGUUCCGAGCCACCUCUAACAACUUUAACGGAGCCAUGGCACGAGCUGGAAAGCUCACCAUUGCCGAGGCUGAGGAGAUUGUCGAACCCGGAGAGAUCAAGCCCGAGGAGGUUCAUGUUCCCGGUGUCUACGUGCACAGAGUUGUGAAGUCGACUGCCAAGAAGGACAUUGAGAUUGUCAAGAACUCUUCUCCGAAGUCCAGCGACGGCGCUGCUGACCCCGCCUCCAUGUCUGCCUCUGCUCUGCGACGAGAGAAGAUUGUGCGACGAGCUGCUCAGGAGUUCAAGGACGGCAUGUUCGCCAACUUGGGUAUUGGUAUGCCUACCCUUGCCCCCAACCAUGUCUCUGACGAUAUCCACGUGAUCCUGCAGUCCGAGAACGGUAUUCUUGGUCUCGGUCCUUACCCCGAACCUGGAAAGGAAGACCCUGACUACAUCAACGCCGGAAAGGAGACUGUCACUCUCGAUAAGGGAGCUUCCGUUUUCGGAUCCGAGGAGUCUUUCGCCAUGAUCCGAGCUGGAAAGAUUGAUAUGUCCAUUCUGGGUGCCAUGCAGGUGUCUGGUAACGGAGACCUUGCGAACUGGGCUCUUCCCGGUAUGAUUAAGGGUAUGGGUGGAGCUAUGGAUCUUGUAGCCAACCCUCUCAACACCCGAGUAGUGGUUGUCAUGGACCACGUUGACAAGAAGGGCCGACCCAAGAUUCUCAAGGAAUGCCAGUUCCCCCUGACCGGCUCCCGAUGCGUAUCCCGAAUCAUUACUGAUUUGGCUGUCUUUGAUGUCGACAUUGCCAACAACGGUGGACUCACUCUGAUUGAGAUUGCCGAGGGCGAGACCGUUGAAUCUAUCCGAGAGAAGACCGAGGCUCCUUUCGAGGUUUCCAAGGACCUUAAGACCAUUGAUGUUCUCUAA